UUGGUUUGGCCGGAAAAAUUAUUAUUUGCUCCUAGAGCAUCCCCGCAUGGCACUCCACGGGCCUUUUUCACCCCCACACUUGCACUGAUUCAUUACUUGUUUGGCCUAGAGGUUGGAAAUUAGAGUAUUUGUGAUUCAGAAAUUAUAUAAUUUAGAAACGAUGACAUACUCUAUAGAUAGCAUUUUUCUUGGAAAAAAUGCCAAAUCCUAUUAAAAAAUGUGGAAAAAUCAAAGCUCUACCUGCCAAAGAAACACUUUAUUCUGUUUUAAAGAAGUCAAGAAAAGGGUCAAUUUGUAGCUGGAGAAGCCAUCUAAUUAUAAGCGUAAUCUGUUCAUUACCAACAAUUAUCAAGUCGUGCUGAAACACCACGUGACCGUGUAUUCAUCCACUAUUUGGAGGUCAUGUGUCUCCCAUUUCCCUCCUCUCAAACAAAUUACCCUUCAUUAUUCGGUCGGCACACGAUCAUGAAUCGUAUUUCACAAACACACUAUAAAUUCCUUUCCUUCCAUUUCAUAAUCCCCUCCAAUUAUCCUCUCUCUCUCUCUCUCUCUCUCUCUCUCUCUCUCCUUUUGGUUUCUUCAUGCAUUGUUCUUCCUUUGAAUUUUUUCAACAAAUUAGGGUUAGAGAAUUCCAAAUCAAAUGGACGUAGUGAAGCCACCUCCCUUCAGGACACUGGCCUUGCAAAACCAGUCGUGCUCGAGGGACCCUGUCCCCAUACAUUCACCGGGGGUUUGGGACAUGGAAGAAAUGAAAUCUUUCCUCGGUUUCGCAUUGCCCCGCCUUCAGUUACAAUUGGCCGUCAUAUUCCUCCUCACCCAAUCUCUCUAUCUCCUCCUCAAGCGCUUCCACCUCCCCCGUGUUGCCUCCGAAAUCAUGGCAGGUUUCAUACUAGGACCUACAAUUCUGGGAAAGAUCAUACCAAGUUUUUCAAAAACACUGUUUCCUCCGGAGGGCGACAUUUUCCUCAACUUACUAUCGAAAAUCGGCUACAUCUUCUUCAUGUUCAUGGCAGGAGUGAAGAUGGACCCAAGCAUGGUGAUGAAGUCCGGAAAGAAGGCCUGGACUAUCGGAGUUGUGUCCAUGGCAUUCCCCAUAGUUUUGUCUCUGGGGGUCUCUUUCCCAUUAAGCGACAUGGUAACCUGGGCUAAGACACCGGGAAUCAGAUUCGUGGUCGCGACACAGACUCUAACGCCGUUUCCCGUUGUUUCCCGCCUCCUCAUCGACCUCCAAAUCAUGAACUCCGAGCUAGGCCACCUUGCCCUGGCUUCCGCGUUGAUUCGUGAGUUGCUCAGCUUAAUCCUCAGCACCACCACAUUUUACAUCAGAGUAGGGUCCCAAGGCUCAGCCGCUUUGGGAAUCCAAGCGCUCUUUAUGUUCUUGAUCACUGGUUCCAUCUCGGGGUUUGUUGCCCGGGCCGGUUUCCUGUGGAUUGUCAGACAAACACCGGAAGGGAAACCCGUCAAGGAAGUUCACAUCAUAUUCAUCUCGUCCGUGGUUUUGGUUUCGGCUAUCAUGUGCGACAACUUGGGGAUCCUGUACCACUACGGGCCUUUCUUGCUGGGCUUGUUCGUGCCGGAUGGGCCGCCGUUAGGGUCGACGCUCGUGGAGAGGCUGGAAACUCUGGUGUCGGGGUGGUUUGCACCAUUGUUGUUGACUUACUGUGGCCUGCAUUCUGAUAUAUUUGCGGUGUCUGAUCUGAGGUUUCAGUUCAUAUUGUGGACAGUUCUGUUUGGUGCAAUUGUGGUGAAGUUUACUGCAAAUUUUGUUCCUGCGUUGAUUUGUAAGAUGCCUGUGAAGGAUGCCAUUGCUCUGUCUCUUGUCCUGAGUGGCCAAGGCAUUGUUGAGUUGGCUGCCUUCCUUGCUUUCAGGGAAAAUGAGACAUUGGAUACUCAAACAUUUUCAACAGUAGCUGCAGCAGUCUGCCUUACAGCCAUAGCCAUACCCCUCCUCGUCCAAUCAAUCUACGACCGCUCCAGAAGAUACGGCGGCUACCAAAAACGAAACAUCCUCCACUCCCUCGAAAACUCCGAGCUCCGAAUACUCGUCACCGCCCACAGACCCGAAGACGCCAUGGCAGCCAUCAAUCUCCUCGAGGCUUACAGUCCCACUAAGGAAACCCCAUUAGCAAUCUACGCUCUCCACCUCAUGGAGCUCGUGGGCAGGGCCCAUCCUAUCCUUAUCAACCACCAGUUAGGCCAGAAGGCCACUUCCAGCAGUGCAUCUCGAUCGCUACCGAUCACCAAGUUGUUCGAUCAGUUUGAGCUUCAGUACUCCGGAUACGUUGUCGUUCAGUCUUUCACCGCGAUUUCUUUCAACAAAUUCAUGCACGAGGAUAUAUGUUCUUUGGCGUUCGAGAAGUUGGUGUCGUUGAUUGUGCUUCCGUUCCACAGGAAGUGGAAUGCGCAGGGGAAGGUGGUUUUCGACAACAACGCAUGGCGGAACAUGAAUCGACAGGUUUUGCAAAUGGCGCCAUGUUCGGUGGGGGUUUUGGUGGACCGUCGGAAGAUUCAGCAGCAGCCGCAGCAGUUUGGUGGACAGCCGCAGGUGGCACCGUAUCGGGUGGCGAUUGUUUUCUUGGGAGGGGAUGACGAUCGAGAAGCUCUGGCAUAUGCGAAACGAAUGGCCAAAUCGCCCCAUGUUUUCUUGACGGUCGUUCGGUUCUUUGCUUACGGGGAUGAUGAUUCUGGGGACGGGAGUUGGGACGCCAUGCUUGAUGCUGAGGUUUUGAAGGAUUUGAGGUUGGCUUUUGCACAGGCAGGUAAUUUACGGUUUAGAGAGGAGAGGGUGGAAGAUGGGCCGGAGUUGGCUUUGCGAGUUCGAUCACUAGAGGAAGCUUAUGACUUGAUCAUAGUGGGCCGGCGACAUGGUGGUGAUUCUAGGAUGUUAGCUGGUUUGACGGAGUGGGUGGAGUUUCCCGAGCUUGGACCUGUGGGAGAUAUUCUCGCGUCUGCAGAUGUUAACAGGCCAGUUUCGGUGUUGGUGGUUCAACAACAAUUACACUUGAAAAUCAAGUGAGGAAAGUGGCCAUUCCAUUGAUGAUAUGCAGGAAGAGUUUACUGAGUAAUCCCAAGGUACUGGAGAAGCUGCAUUGAGGCAAGGAUGAGUAAGAAGAUUGGUUUAGUCUGCUCUGCACAGAGUCUGUGUUCGUUUGAUAUGCAUAGAUCAGACAUGGAGAAUUCAGGUCAGGGAAAUUGUACAAGUUAGUAAAGGAGACAAACUAUGUACCAUACAAUAUAGGCAUUUGCAACUUCAAAAAGAUUUUGAAGGCAUUUACACGAAAAUGCUAGCCUGUGGGAGAAGUUUCCUAACACCACUAAUGUGAAGGGACAGGAUCAGGUCAAAUAAAAGUGAAACUUACAUACUGCAUCUGUGUCGUGUCCUAACUCCUAAGGGUAAACCAGUGAUGCAGGCGGAGUUGUUGUGGUUAGAGCUUAUACUUCAAAAUUGAAAUUUGUUUGCAAUUUUCAAUUUGGAUGUGGCAGUGGUACUAACAGGUUUGAAGAAGGUAAGUCCCUUUCACAUGGCAUUCGUAUGCGCAUAGAGCGGAAUGUUCUUUACAUAGGGCUAGAAUCGGCUUUCAUAGUUCUUGUGAGUUGAUUCAUGCUCUCUGUUCAACUUCUUGGUAUUUUGUUUCAAGGGGUAAACUUGAUGUCUACUAUUUUGCCUAUUUGGUGUCUGCUAUUGCGCUUAUUUACUAAGUUCAGUCUUGUACUUCAUAAUUUUACACCUACUGAAUCGAUUUCCUGAAAUGUAUGGCUUCCCAAUCCUCAUUUCUGCUGUAAGAAAUAUGAACACUACUAAUGUAGGAGUAUUUCCCUUAUCCUCUAGGCAUCAGGAGCUUUGGAAAUAUGUGGCCGGUUUUCCAAGAUUGCUUACUCUGGUGCUUGAAUUUUUUUCCCUUGGUAGGAUUGAUGAACAAACCAAAAUACUCGAGUCUGAGUUCAGUGUAUGCUUAAAAGCUUGUUCAAAAUCGAUUUGUUAUGUGAACCAAUUUAACCGAGCUUGAAUGAGCCACUAGUUUGCUCACUCAGCUUAUGAUGCCUAAAACAAUUAAAAGCUACUCAAGUUGGCACGCGAUCAACCUCCAUAACAAAGUCAAGCUUAAUAUAUUUGAAGCUCUUUAUAUGUCAAACCAAACUUGAACAAUCAACUUUAAUUACCAAAACAAAAAAAACUUCGGCUGGUUCUUCUCAUUUAUCUGUCAUAGUUCAAAAU